GGAACCCUAAAAAGGAUGAACUGGGGGCCCGAUCGUCACUUACGGGACCUUCGGCCCAAAUUCUAUAGAAAGAGCCCAACCAUUCCCCUUUACACCUACCAAAAAAGCCCACCCACCCACACCCUGAACCAGUUACCCAAGAGCACAACCCAGUCCCCCUCUCUCCUUUCCCUCUCUCUAGCCGGGGCUGCGCUCAGUAAACGGCUCCUCUUCUGCCCACGGCUUCUUCGGAAAUCUGGACCACUCGGGCAAAACUACUCUGUAAUGAACUGCCUGCCGCAUGUCUCUUCCUACUAUUCGGCCAUACUUUCAAAAACCAGUCGUUUCAUUGCUAAGAGCUCUUUAUAUGGAUGUUCUACCUCAUCAUGGAAAAUUAACUUCGAGAAUGCUAAUGUUAAAACAAAUAAUUUAGAGUUGAUGUUGACGAGAUUUCGUGUUCAGAGCUAUUCAUCUCGGGGGCGUGGAGCCAAAUCGCAAUCUCAAAAGUUAGAGUCUAAACCUGUGAUGGAAGAAGAGAAGGAUGCAUUUUUUGUGGUUCGGAAAGGGGAUGUUGUUGGUGUUUACAAGACUUUCAGUGAUUGCCAAGCUCAAGUUGGAUCUUCUAUAUGCGAUCCGCCUGUUAGUGUAUACAAAGGAUAUUAUUUACCUAAGGACACUGAAGAAUAUUUGGUAUCCCGUGGUCUUAGGAAUGCUCUUUACACCAUCAGAGCUGCAGAUUUGAAAGAGGAUCUUUUCGGAAAACUCAUGCCUUGUGCUUUUCAGCAAACAGCUUCUUCCAAAGGUGAAAUAUUGAGCAAGGAUCUACCAAGAGAGAGUUCACAAGAAGUGAUGGGAUUAGAAAUAGUGGGAGCAGUUGAAUCAAGACCUAUUACAACUGAUCCAUUGAAAGAGCAUAUCAAAUUAGAUCGUGUUGAGGCUCAGGCACUAUUUUCUGAUUGUCGUUCCUGUGUUGUUGAGUUUGAUGGUGCUUCAAAAGGGAAUCCUGGACCAGCUGGUGCAGCAGCUGUGCUGCGAUCUGACAGUGGAAGAGUGAUCUGUAGAGUGCGUGAAGGUUUGGGCUUAGCAACAAAUAAUGUAGCUGAAUAUCAAGCUAUGAUUUUAGGGUUGAAAUAUGCUCUUAAAAAAGGUUAUACAAGCAUUCGUGUACAAGGAGAUUCCAAACUUGUCUGUAUGCAGGUUCAGGGUCUCUGGAAGGCAAGAAACAAGAACAUGUCUAUCUUGUGUAAGGAGGCUAAAAAACUGAAGAAUGAGUUCCUUUCGGUCGAGAUCAAUCAUGUUCUAAGGGGAUUAAACUCUGAGGCCGAUGCUCAAGCAAACUUGGCCGUCCAUCUUGCUGUCGGUGAAGUUCAGGAGGUGUGUGAGUAGUAGCUCAAAGGAUUGUAGCUGCUGGAUAUGUUUCAGGUACAUGGCCUUGUUUUCGUGGAUCAAAAUCUGAAGGGUGUGUAUGUCUACAAUGCUUAGAAGACUCCCUCAAAUGUGAAUUUGUCUUUCUGCAGUUACAUACAUUGUGUCAGUAGGCAAUACAAUACUGGCUGCAUGCAUGCCUAACUUUCCAGUGUAAUUGGCGGUGCUAUGUUGAAGAUGUAUCAAUUUUGAACUAAAGCUCUCGAUUGGCACCAGGGCCAAAAUUACUUGCUUUUGGUUUUCAAAACUCAGCAGAGCAUGAGGAAACUCUAUCUUAUGGUGCCUUGAUUCCAACAAAACAUGAAAUUGGCUGCACAAGGUGGGAAUGACUGGGAAGAAACUUUCUUAUUUGAUCCGUGCAUAUUCCUUCGAGCAUAAAUAGCUGCUGUCUUAUGCCUUUUGGCAUUCAAUUUGUAUUAGAUAAACUAUAUUCAUCUUGUGAAUGAUAAGGAAGAAGGCAACUCUGUCUACCCAUAGCGCUGAUUGAACCAGGCAUAAUGUGACCCAAUAUGCCUGCUUACUUUGGAUGAGAAGUACUUUCUGUGUUGGUGAGGUUCAA